AUGGCACCGAUCAAGCGGAAGGGGAAUGCCCCUGAAGAGACAAAUGCUCGUCAACCGCAGAAGCGUGCCAAGGUCGGCGCAGAAGACCGCAAGCCAGAGUCGAAGUCAAGAGAUACCGCCCCCCAAGCUUCAGAGCUUUCUGUUCUGCGCGACGAUGAGCCAUCUUUCCCUCGUGGUGGUGGCAGCGUGUUGACCCCUCUGGAGCGGAAGCAAAUUCAGAUUCAAGCGAACAAGGAUGUUUUGUUUGAGCAGAAGGGCGUCAAAAAGCCCACACGUGAAUUCGCCGACGACAUGGACGACGACGAAGACGACGAAGAUGUGGAGAUGGAGGACGCGGACACAAAAGCAGGUGCCAAAAAAUCUCGGAAGAAGAAGACAAAAGGCAAGAAGUCUGCCAACAAGGAAUCCUCUGAAAAGGAAGGUGUGCGAAUUGAAGGUCUCAGCUACAAGCGCAUUGUACCGGGAUCCAUGAUUCUUGGCCAGGUAUCUGGAAUCACCGCCCACGACAUUGCUAUCUCAUUGCCCAACAACCUCGUUGGCUACGUUCCCCUCACAUCGGUCUCCAAGGUUUUGGACGACAAAAUCGAAAAGAUGCUGAACGAAGACGAGGAUGAUGACGAAAGCUCUGAUGAAGACAUCUUCGAUUUGAAGGAGCAUUUCUACAUUGGCCAGUAUCUACGAACAUAUGUUACUUCGACAGGCACCGAAGCCACCGAGGCAGGAGGCCGUAGCAAGAAGCGCCUCGAAUUGUCGAUUGACCCUCGGCAGGCCAACACUGGUCUUUCGAAAUCCGAUCUCGUGGCUGAAACAGCUGUGCAAGCUGCGGUCGUGAGUGUGGAAGAUCACGGUGUGGUCAUGGAUCUCGGUAUCGAGGGCGGCGACCUGAAGGGUUUCAUGUCGUCCAAAGAAGUCGAUCCCCGUGUCGAGUACUCUAGUCUCAAGGAGGGCUCGGUUUUCCUCUGCAUGGUCACUGGCCACAAUGCCAGCGGUAAUGUCAUCAAGCUCUCCGCCAAAUUCCAGUCGUCCGCUGCGAUCAAAAAUUCACACUUCCUCAGCGCUGCACCAACAAUCAAUUCAUUCCUCCCCGGUGUUGCCGCCGAGAUCCUCUUAACUGAGGUAACGCCCAACGGCAUCGCUGGAAAAAUUAUGGGAAUGCUUGAUGCUGUCGUCGAUCUAGUGCAAUCUGGUGCCGAUGACGGCAAGCUGGACAUCGAGCGCAAGUGGAAAAUGGGAGCCAAGAUCAAGGGCCGCAUCGUGUCCACGUUCCCAAGCUCAGAGCCCUUCAAGGUCGGAUUUUCCUUGCUGGAUCAUGUCAUGAAGCUGUCCUCCGAUUCUCGUGGGCCGGGCUCAUCUGACGAGGCUCCUGCGGUUUCUGCCAUCAUCCCCGAAGUUAAAGUGGUGAAAAUGGAUCCCAGUGGUAUGGGAUUGUAUGCUCAGAUUGGCGAGACCAAGCACAUCGGAUUUGUUCACAUUUCUAGACUUUCAGAUGGAAAGAUUGAGUCUAUUUCACCUGAAGCAGGCGCUUAUAAGAUUGGGUCUACGCACGAAGCCCGUGUGGUAGGAUACAACAUGAUCGACAACCUUUAUCUCCUGUCCUUCGAGAAGUCCGUCAUUGAACAACCAUUCCUUCGUAUUGAGGAUGUCAACGUCGGUGCUAUUGUCAAGGCCAAGGUGGAAAAGCUCUUGAUCGGUGCUACGGGAAUGGAGGGUGUUAUUGCCAGUCUUGCCGAUGGCAUUUCCGGACUCGUGCCCUCGAUGCACUUUGCCGACACCCAACUUCAGUUCCCCGAGAAGAAAUUCCGUGUCGGCCAAAAGAUCUCUGCCCGAAUUCUUUCCGUCAAUCUUGACAAGCGUCAGAUUCGCUUGACCUUGAAGAAGAGUCUCUUGAACAGCGAGUCGGCUAUCUGGAAGGAUUACAAGGACAUCAUGGCUGGCGCUCAGUCUCCGGGUACCAUCGUCAAUUUGCAGCCUCACGGUGCCGUUGUUCAGUUCUACGGCACUGUGCACGGUUUCCUACCAGUCUCUGAAAUGAGCUCAGCUUACAUCAAAGAUCCCGCCGAGCAUUUCAGAUUAGGCCAGGUCGUUAACGUCCACGCAUUGAGUGUGGAUGCUUCUCAAGGUCGCCUCGCCGUUUCUUGCAAGGACCCUUCAACAUACAGUGAGAAGUAUGGCCAAGCCUUUGAAGACAUCACGCCCGGUCUUCUUGUCUCCGGAACUGUGUUCGAAAAGUCUGGCGAUGAUCUGCUCCUGAAGCUCGAGGAAUCUGACCUGGUUGCCCGUCUUGAUGUUCAGCACAUUAUCGAUGGCUCACCAUCAAAGCAGAACUCCACUCUUUCCAAGAUUCGUGUCGGCCAAAAGCUCAACGACCUGUUGGUUCUUGAUACCCAGCGGGCUCAUCGUCUGAUUCGCGUGUCUAGCAGGGCCAGUCUGAAGAAGGCCGUCAAGCAGGGGCUCAUGCCCAGCAAAUUCCAGGACGUGCAGGAAGACUCCAAUGUGACCGGCUUCGUUCGCAAUAUCACACCGGCGGGCCUGUUUGUUGAGUUCUUAGGUGGUCUUACCGGCCUUGUCCCCAAGCGUCUUAUCGAGGACGCGAACCUGACUCAACCCCAGUUCGGCUUCUCCAAGGGCUCAACCAUCACCGUCCGUGUUCAUGAGGUUGACGCUGACCUCCAACGCUUUAUCUUGUCUCAAAAGGCCGCAACUUCCGCAACCUCUGCAGGCACUUCUUCAAAGAAGACAAAGGAAAAAUUGCAGACCGACGACGUUCUUGCAAACUCAAUCGACGAGGAAAUCAAGACCAUGUCCGAUAUCUCGUUUGGUCGGAUUGUCAAGUGCAAGGUGGUCUCUGUAAAGGCCACGCAGAUUAACGUGCAACUGGCAGACAACAUCCAAGGCCGCAUUGAUGUGUCUGAAAUUUUCGACAAGUGGGAAGAUAUCAAGGACCGCAAGCAGCCUCUGCGAUUCUUCAAGGCAAAGCAGCUCCUCUCUGCGCGCGUUUUGGGUGUUCACGACGCUCGCAACCACAAGUUCCUUCCUAUCUCCCACCGUAGCGGCAAAUACCCCGUCUUCGAGCUUUCCCUCAAGCCCAGUUUCAUCAAUGCUGCCCACCCUGAGCCUCUUAACAUGGAUCAAGUCAAGACGGGCUCUUCGUGGAUGGGCUUCGUCAACAAUGUUGCCGACGACUGCCUUUGGAUCAAUUUGUCCCCGAAUGUGCGCGGCAGAUUGCGCUUCAUGGACGCUUCCGACGACUUGUCACUCCUGACCGACGUCGAGAAGAACUUCCCGGUUGGAUCAGCUCUGAAGGUUCAAGUCACUGCGGUCAAUGCUGAAAAGGGUCACCUGGACCUCUCUGCUAAGCAGGGCUUCGACAAACUUUCAUUCGGAGAUGUCGCGCCAGGCAUGAUUCUGGCUGGCCGUGUGACUAAGAUCACCGACAAGCAGAUCAUCAUGCAACUUGGCGAGGCCCUCGUUGGUGCCGUCAAUCUUAUCGACAUGGCUGAUGAUUUCUCCAAAGCCGACCCCAGUGUCUACCACAAGAAUGAGGUGUUGCGUGCUUGCGUCGUUUCAGUCGACAAGACUAAGAAGAAGAUCUCUUUGUCUCUUCGCCCCUCGAAGAUCCUUAGCUCCUCGUUGCCGGUUCAAGAUCGUGAGAUCUCAUCCAUCAGUGAUAUCAAGGUCAACGACGUGGUCCGCGGCUUCGUCAAGCGCAUUACCGAUGCCGGUCUUUUCGUCACAGUGGGUCAUGACGUGACUGCCUACGUCCGUGUGUCGGACUUGUCGGACUCUUAUCUGAAGGAAUGGAAGGAUUCGUUCCAGACCGAUCAGUUGGUCAAGGGUCGUGUCACCUUCAUUGACGCGGAGCAGAACAAGUUGCAGAUGAGCCUGAAAGAUUCAGUACUUGAUCCCAACUUCAAGGCUCCGCUUGCGCUCCGAGAUCUCAAGGUCGGCCAAAUCGUCACUGGCAAGAUUCGCAAGGUCGAAGAAUUUGGCGCCUUCAUUGUCAUCGAUCGUUCUGCAAACGUCAGUGGUCUCUGCCAUCGCAGCGAGAUGGCCGAUAAACGCGUUGAGGAUGCCCGUACCUUGUAUGACGAAGGCGAUUCCGUUAAGGCUAAAAUUAUCAAGAUUGACACCAAGACCGGCAAGAUUUCGUUCUCGCUUAAAGCUUCUCAUUUCCAAGGUGAAGCGGACGAGAGCAGCGACGAGGAGGACGUUGAGGAUGAGGCUGGUGGUGUGGAGCUUGACGGCAACGACAGUGUCGAUGAAGACGAUGAUGUCUCCAUGGGUGGUGUGGAAGUCGAGAACGGCAGUGACGACGAGGAGGAGGAUGAGGAUAGUGAUGAAGAAGAGCUCGCAAAUGGGCCUACCAAAGAAGGCGGUCUUGGCGCCAGUGGUUUCGAUUGGAGUGGCAAUGUCCUAACCGAGGAUGCUGAUAUGGCGGAUUCAGACAGCGAUGCGGAGGAGGAGCAACAGAAGAAGAAAAAGAAGAAGAGCAAGCCUGAGAUCCAAGUUGAUCGCACAGGUGACUUGGACGCGAAUGGCCCUCAGACAGUUGCUGACUAUGAGCGGCUACUCCUUGGUGAGCCCGACUCGUCACUGCUCUGGCUGCAGUAUAUGGCCUUCCAGCUCGAGUUGGGCGAGGUUGACAAGGCGCGGACAAUUGCCGAGCGUGCCUUGCGCACGAUCACUAUGGGCCAGGAUUCCGAAAAGCUGAAUAUCUGGGUCGCUCUUCUCAACCUGGAGAACACGUACGGCAACGACGAUAGCCUUGAAGAAGUUUUCAAGCGCGCCUGUCAGUAUAAUGAGCCGCAAGAGAUGUACGACCGCAUGAUCAGCAUCUACAUCCAGUCUGGCAAAAACGAGAAAGCGGAUGAUCUCUUCCGAACUGCGAUGAAGAAGAAGAUCUCCACGCAAUCGCCCAAGUUCUUCCUGAACUACGCCAGUUUCCUCUUCGACACACUGGCUGCUCCCGAACGAGCUCGGGUUCUGCUGCCGCGGGCGCUCCAAUCACUGCCGGCACACACCCACGUUGAGACGACAUCCAAGUUUGCUCAGCUGGAGUUCCGGUCAGCCAAUGGCGAUAUCGAGCGUGGCCGCACCGUUUUUGAGGGCUUGCUCUCCUCGUUCCCCAAGCGUAUCGACCUGUGGAACAUUUUGAUCGACUUGGAGAUGAAGGCCGGCGAUGCCGAGCAGGUGCGCCGCCUGUUCGAGCGAGUCCUCGGGCUGCAACACAAGAAGGGAACAGUCACUAUUGACCCGAGUAAGAAGGUGAAGCCCAAGCAGGCCCGAUUCCUGUUCAAGAAGUGGCUGGCCUUUGAGGAGAAACUGGCUGCGGCUGAAGGUGGGGAUGAAAAGAUGGUGGAAGAAACCAAGGCCCGGGCGGCGGCUUACGUGAAGUCUCUCCAGGAGACUGAGUAG